AUGAACCAACAAAGCAAUCAAGAUGCAGGUCCAAAGGGAAGAAGCCAAGAUCGAAGGAGGGAUUUGUUCCUCGAAAUAUUCAGGGGUGGGCCAGGAAUGCACUUCUGUUCCGGAAAAAAAAAUUUCUUCCUAGAAACAAAUACCCUAAAGGUAGACAUAAAAAAGGAAUUCCUAAAAAAUGUGGAUUGCUCAUCAUCCUUUCUAUCCAGAAUUUCUCUUUUCAAAAAAAAACUUAUUAAUGAUUUUUUUAUUUUAAAAAAGGAGGUAAUUAAAAAACGCCUAUGGGAAAGUUACCAAGAGGUUAUAGACAAUUUAAAAGAGGAAGACGUGAGGGAGGUGUUUAACAAGAUAAAUGAAUUUACUUCAAGGGAAAAGGACCAUGAAGAAUUGUUCCUGCGUUAUUUGCACGGAUUUGGGAAGGUUACCAUGAGGCGAAGAACAAAAGGAAGGGAAAAGAAGACGGAACAAUCCUCUUUGGCGACUUCACCAGAGCAGGCGGGAAUGUCUACCUCUCAUUGCUGGAAGUGUAAUUGCCAUGGAGGAGAUGAAAAAAAAAGUAAUGUUUUAGAGAAAGGUGAAGAAGCGUCAUUGGGGGGACCACCUAAUGUAGACCCACAGAACAUACUAGCCAAAAUCAUGUACUCAAGUAAGGAUGGAAAAAAAAAUGUAAAAAAAAUUAGUAAAAGGUUGAACGACUUGUGGGACAUGUACAUGAAAGAUGGUUUUCGAAAUUUUCAAAAUGAUCAGGGUGAUGAUGUAACGACAGAGAUUCUGGAACGGAUUGUACAGAGGGGGCGCCAGGAAAUAGAUUUUUUGGAAGGCUCCAAGAGGGUUCAUAUGGGUCAAAUUACCACCCUGUUAAAUAAGAAGGGGAUAAGGCACAGGGACGGGAACAGAACUGGUGGCAAAAUAGGUGAUCAAACAAAUGCUGAGGUCGAAUCGGAAGGCAGGGGGACCCCUUGUGGAGAUGAAACUAAUCCUGAUCAGGUCAAUCGAUUGGGAAGUACCAAAUAUUCCAUUUCGAUGGACACAAGCUUGACCAACCCGAUUAACUCCGUUCCUCCGAAGAACCCACGCACUUCCGAUACCGCUCACACACCCAGUUCCUCCUUGGCGUCGUACAUGAUGAACCCACAGCACUUUACAGAAGGAAACAGCGCGGAUAAGACACACCACACCAACUACCCGAAUGAAGGAGGGUAUAGUGUGUGCAGCACGAAGAGGGUAAGCGGCUUGUACAGCGCAGACAUGAAGGAGGGUACGGUUACGAAACUAUCCCGGCAGAGCAUUAUUCGAAUCAAGAAAGAAAUUUCUAGGAAGGCAAAGAUGAGGAGUGCCAAAGUCGAAACAAAGAAAUGUGCACAAGGUGUUCACGAAAUAUUAAUGAAUUCACUUAAAGGAGAAAUAAAAAUGAAGGUGAAAAAUUUUGUAAAAGUGCACCAAGUAGGUCAAGGAGCUUACGGUGAUGUGUGGAUGGCGGAGGAUAUUACAAAUAAUAAGAGGGUGGCUUUAAAAAAAUUAAAAAUAAAUGGAAACAAAGAAGGACUAGCGAAAACGUACAUAAGAGAAAUCUCCAUUUUGAAUUCCUUAAAGCAUAAAAAUAUUGUGGAGUUGAUGGGCGUGGUUUAUACCAAAGUACCCCCCCGUGAGGAUUUUCUGAAGUCGUCCUGUGACCUGAUCACAUCUGACCGGUUACAACAGCUCCUGCAAUUGAAGAAAGUGCAACGGCGGUCUUCGUCCCGCACAUCUUUCGCCAGGUCAGUUUCUUCCACGGAGGGAUCCUCCAAGGGAUCUUCCGCGGGGGGUGUCGGUUCCCCAUCAUCCAGCGUAUCACCAUCAUCCCGUGCAUCAGCAUCCAGCGUAUCAGCAUCAUCAUCCAGCGUAUCAGCAUCAUCAUCCAGCGCAUCAUCCUGCGCAUCAUCGUCGUCAUUCCUCAAGAAAGGCGAGGCGAACUCGUCCAUCUGGAUGGUGUUUGAGUACGUGCCGUUCGACCUAUCAGGGUACAGCGAGCUACUGAGGGACGAGCGAACCCAGAAGGAAAGAUACAAAAACGGAAAUCUCUUCACCAUAGGAGAGGUGAAGAACAUUUUACUGCAGUUACUGAGAGCAUUAAAUUAUUGCCACAAAAAUAAUAUAAUUCACCGGGACGUCAAAAUAGCUAAUUUGCUAAUUGAUAAAAAUGGAAUCUUAAAGCUAGCCGAUUUUGGGCUAGCCAGAUUCCACGUAGAUGUAACUCCCUCAAAUAUGACCAACAGAGUAAUUACCCUAUGGUAUAGGCCUCCAGAAUUGCUACUAGGAUCGAAUUAUUACACCUCGUCCGUGGACAUGUGGAGCUGUGGAUGUAUAUUAGCAGAACUACUCACUAGUAACCCCCUUUUUUCUGCAGACAACGAAACUGAUAUAUUAAGAAUUAUUCUUAAUAAAAUAGGACCCCCCAACAGUAAGGAAAUUAAAUUCCUGAGGAACCUACCCAAUUGGAAUAAUCCACUCCUAAAUCCGGCGCAUCCAAAUAGCUUGAACAAGAUAAAUCAGAAUAAAAAGAUGGAAGUAGAAAAUGCCAUUAGAAGCAUACCUGGGGUAGGAGAUGUAGGACUAGAUCUUAUAAAGAAUCUCCUAAAAUGGAAUCCCUUUGAAAGAUUCUCCGCCCGCCAAGCAAUGCAACACCCCUGGUUCACCACCAACCCUUUACCAGAAAAAUUAGGCGAACGAAAUAAUAUAAAAGCUGCUCAUAGUUUUAUGACAAAAAAUUUUAAAAAAAGAGAUACAUCUAAAUUAAAUUUCAGAAAGGUUCAGGAAAAUUUUAGAUUCGUUAAUGUAGGGAAUUUUAGGAGGGCUAUUUUUUACAGUCGAUACGGCGAGGUCUUCAUGCGGUCCGGUCCUGCAUCAUCUGGACCGUGCCACCCCCUGGUACCUCCAACGGCGGAGGAGAAGCUGGACAACCAAGAGGAUCAAGAAAGGAAGAACAACCAAGAAGAACAAGAAAAAGAAGAGAACCAGAAAAACCAUGAAAUGCCCAACAGAAAAAACGGGGAAAAUGUGCAAACUGUGAUGGAGACAAACAAACAGACACAGUAUGACAUAAACGGCAAGGAAAGACGAAGAAGCGAGGAAACGCCCCCCAAUAGAUAUAACCCGGAUGAGUUAACCCAUUCAAGUAGGACUGAGCUAAGUGGACGCGCCCCUCCAGGUGAUGCUUUUAAAAAAUCUGAUCAUCGAGACGCAGGUGUACAGAGAGAAAAACCACCCCUAAGAGAUCGUGAAAGGGUAACAGAUGCGAAGGAGAAAAAAGGGAAAACAUAUAAAAUGAAGGAACAGCACAUGGAGGAGGAUCAUGGACGAUACGGUAAAUAUGGAACUCAGCGAGAUGGUAGCUUCCGUGGAGACAGUCGAUGGAGACGGGAGGAGAGCUCCGGAAGGAGCAGGCACUCGUCCACUCGGGAGGGCGGCGGAUACCAUACUAAUAGUUACCGCGGAAGGGUGGGCAGAAUCAGGGAUAGUUCAAGUAGGGCGGAGAGGAGCAUGCACGAUAGGAGUAGGGAAAGGGAAUGGUACAAAAGAGACUACGCAGAAAGGGGCAGGGACAUGGGUAGAGAGAGAGACAGGAAAAGAGAUAGAGAACGGGAAAGGGAAUGGGAGCGCGACAAGCGCAGAGACAUGGGAAGGGAUCGAGAAAGGAAAGAAAGAAAUGAAUGGGAUCGGGAUAGGGAUAGAGACCGAGAGAGGGAAAGGGAAAGGGAAAGAGACAGAGAGAGGGAAAGAGAUCGAGAGAGGGAAAAAGAACGAGAGAGGGAAAAAGAACGAGAGAGGGAGCGAUAUAGAGAGAAGGACAGGGAAAGAGAACGGAACCGAGAAAAAGAAAGAGAGCGAGAACGGGAAAGGGAACGAGACCGAGACCGAGACCGAGACCGAGAUAAGGAUAGAGACCGCAAAAGAUAUCGAGACCAAGAAAGGGAUCGAGAACGAGACCGACAUAGAGAAAGGGAGCCUCAUAAACGGAGAAGCAGAGACAACUCAAACAGAAACCAAGAGCACCAAUUGAAGGAACAGAAAAAACACAAAUUGGAUUCACAGGAUGCCAAUCGAGAACUAAAAAGAAAGCUAUAA